UUCUCCCCUCUCCUCUCCCUCUCCUUCCCCUCCCUCUCGUCAAAGCCCCCCUUUCAAGUUAUGUGAAAACCAAAACUUUAAAGUUGUGUCAGUUAGUGGGAGUUUUAAAUACAAAAAACGUGAGAAGUGAUGGUGAAAAUUUAAAAAAAAAGAUUGAAUCGAGACACUUAACAUAUAUAAUUUUUCAAUAUUUAAAGAACAAAGUAUGCGUUCUUUGGAUUAAAUUAAAUUGAGUCUAAGAAAAAAAUAUUUUUUUUAAAUUUGCUGUUUGACUGGAUAUAUUAGAUUGAAACGAGAGGAGAAAAAUGACUGAGGAAAAAAUGGCAAGGAAGAAAUGACUGACCAUUUCGUACAUCACCUUGAACACAGACUGGGGGAGGGGAGGGAAUAAGUACCCUUAUUUCCCUACCCGUUCCAUUCCCGAUAUUUCAGGGAUGGGACGAGUUGGGAAAAAGCCGAGUCGAGUUCUGGAUAGGGUUUUAUAAAUUUUCAAAGCAUCGGGUUUCGGUUUCCAAUCGAAAAUAUGUCCGGGUUUCAGGUAAUCUGUCACCUCCCUUAUGUAAUGGUAGCCACAGCAACAAGCGAAUUUUUGUUUAAUGAAAAGGAAAGGUCAAAAAACUUGAUAAACAUGGACUUUACUUUUUUAGUUUUUAUAGAAAGAAUUUCAAAUUUAGUAAUUAUGAUGAAAUGUUAA